UGCGCGGCCCGAAGCCAUGAAUGGUGAGACCAUGACCUGAGCCAAAGUCAGACGCUCAACCAACUGAGCCACCCAGGCGCCCCAUUCCUCAAAAGGGACGGGGGGAGUGGUGGCCUUUGCAUGGUGGAGGGAGGCCUGGGCCCCAAGUGAUUCUGGGAAAAGGGCACGCUCUGGUGGUGCGGAGCCCAUCCCUGGGGAGCUAAUAAAGGUGGCGUAAAUAAAGGGUGGGACGUAGGCGGGGGAGGGGCGCGCAGUUGCUAACAGUGCGCGCGCGCAUCACGGAGCUGCCAUAAUGGUUUGGCUCCCGCUCAGUUCCCAGCGCCAGUACCUGACUCGCCUGGGUCACUGCGCCCCGGAGCCUCCGCAAGUCAUGUCCCGGCUGCGCCUGUUGGCCCCACUGCUUGUCCUUAUGUGGCAACCGUUGUGGCUGCUGGUCCAGGCAGCUCAGCCUCCGGAGUGGGCCCUGGACCCUGCCCAGCUGACCUCCGACCCCCUGGAGGCGGCUGAGCCCUGGUCUUCGCGCUCCUCUGAUCCCCCACCCGAAUCGCCCCAGGCACUUACACCCCCAGCCGAGCUGGGGGGCUUUAAUUACCUGGGGUCCUCUGCUCCAGCCCAGAUGUUGGCCCUGCCUAAGGAGUUGACGGAGACUUUGGUUCCAUUCCUGGACACGGAUUCCGUUGGAGAACUACCCCCAGGGCCAGAUGAGGAUCUGAAUGACCAGCUAACCCAGCAUCAAAGGCUCCCAGAGGUGGUUCCAAUGCCAGGUUGGGAUUAUUUAAUGUUUCCCAAGGUUACAGGUAAGCCUUUAGAUGUGGAAUUUACCACAACUCCAGGGCCUGAUAAAGGUGUUGAGUCUUCUAUAGCCCAGCAAGAGGCCCCACCUCAGCCUCUUGAACAUACUGAGGAAGCAGAACUGUCUCUAACCCAGCAAGAGACCUCGGGUAAGCCUCCAGAGGAGGUUGAGCCUUCAAGUGAGCAGGAGACCCCAGGUCAGCCUUCCGAGCCUCCUGGGGUGAUUGAUCCUUCUCUAAGGCAGCAGGAGACCCCAGCUCAGCCUUCCGUGCCUCCUGAGGAAGCUAAGCCUUCUCUAAGCAAACAGGAACCCCCAGCUCAGCUUGCAGACCCUUUUGGAGAAGCUGAACUUUCUCCAACCCAGGAGGAGGUCUCAGCUCAGCUUGCAGAGCUCCUUAAUGAGGCAGAAUCUUCAACCCAGCAGGAGACUCCAGCUCAGUCUCCAGGGGAGAUAGAAUCUUCUGCAACCCUGCAAGAGCAACCAGCUCAGCCUCCAGAGCUGCCUUCCAGGGAGGUGGAACCUUCUCCAACCCAGCAGGAGCACCCAGCUCAACCUCCAUGGCAUCAUAAGAUGACAGUUUCACCUCCAGGUCACUACCGUGAUCAACAUUUAAACCUGCCCAAUGUCAGUUUGAAACCUCCAGAUGUGCAGCUUACCAUGACUGCAGAACCCACUACAGAGGUGGGACCUUCUCCAGUUCAGCACGAGACUAUAGCUCAGCCCUCAGUGCCUCUUAAUGUGGAAGCUUUGGAAACCCAGCAUGAAGCCCCAACUCUGCCCUCAGAUUCUGCAACUGAAUCUUUGCCAGUUCAACAGGAGACUCCAACGCAAUCUCCAGAAUCUACCACACAGGACAAACUUCCAACACAGCAGGAGACCCCAGUUCAGUAUCCAGAAUAUCCUGGAGAAGUUGAACCUUCUACAACCCAGCAGGAGGCCCUAGCUCAGCAAUCACAGGCCCCUGAGGAGGGUGAAUCAUCCUCAACCCAGGAGGAGGCCCCGACUCAGCUUCCAGAGGCCCAGGAAGAGGGUGAACCUUCCCCUCUCCAGGAGGAGGGCCAGGGUCAGCACCCACAGGCCUCCAAGGGGAGUGAACCACCUACAACCCAGGAGGAGUCCCCAGCUCAGCAUCCACAGACCCCUGAGGAGGUUGAACCUUCUUCAACCCAGCAGGAGGCUCCAGCUCAGUAUCCUCAGGCAUCAGAGGAGGGUGAGCCUUUUCCAACCCAACCAGAGACCCCAACUCAGUAUCCAGAGCCCCUUGAGGGGACUGAACCUUCUCCAGCCCAGUCAGAGGCCACAACUCAGCAUCCAAAUCCCCUUGGGGAAGUUAAACCCGCAACCUAUCAGGAGGCCCCAAGUCAGCAUCCACAGACCUCUGAGGAAAUUAACCCUUCUGCCACUCAACAGGAGCCUUCUGGUGAGGUUGAACCUUCUCCAACCCAACAGGAGGCCCCAGCUCACUCUCCAGAGCGUCAGGUGGUAACAGUUUUUCCUCAAGGUCAGAAUCAAGCUCAGCUCCUGCUGUUGCCUAAUGUCACUGUUAGACCUGUGGAUUCCUCAGUUACCAUGACCUCAGAAUCCACUAAUGAGGUUGAAGCUUCUCCACUCCGAGAAGAGGCCUCAGCUCAGUCUGGAGUGUCCCCUGAGCAGUUGGAACCUUCUCCAACCCAGCAGGAGGUCCCACAUCAGCAUCCAGCGCCCCCUGAAAGUGUUGAAUCUUCUCCAGUCCAGCAUGAAGUCUCAACCCCACCCGAAGAUUUUCCUGAGGAAAUUGAACUUUCUCCAAGCCAGCAGGAGAGCUCAGCUCUGCCUCACGUGCCUGUUGCAAGUAGAGAACCUUCUCCAAUCCAGCAAGAGGUCCCAGCUCAGCAACCAAAGCCCAAUGAGGGGGUCGAGUCUUUUCCAGUUCAGUAUGAGCAUCCAGCUCAGCCUCCAGGGUCCUCUACAGAUGUUGUAGCUCAGUCUCCAGCACAGCAUGAGGUGACAUUCUCACCUCCAGGUCCAGGUGAAGCUCAGCAUCCAGUGUUGCCUAAUAUCACAGUUAAACCUGUGGAUCUGAGGAUUUUCAUAAGUCCCCAGGCAACUAAGGAGCUUAAACAUCUUCCAGUGCAGCAGGAUGUCCCUGCUCAAUCUCCUAUUCCCCCUGAGAAAGUUGAAUUUUCUCCAGCUCAGUCCAAGCGUCUUUCCCAGUCUCCAGAGUCCCCUGAAGAUGAGUCUUCUCCAGGCCAACAAGAGGUCCUAGCUCAGACUCCAGACCCCCCUAAGGCUGUGGAACCUGCUUCAGGACAACAGGAGGCCCCAGCUCAGUCUGUAGUCCCCCAGCUGGCCCCAGCUGUAUCUCCUGAGCCCCCUAAGGAGGUAGAACCUUCUCCCACACUGCAGGAGGCCCCAGCUCAGCCUUCAGAGCCCCCUAAUGAGGCAGAGUCUCCAACCCAGCAGGUGGCCCCAGCUCAGUUUCCAGUCCUCCAGGAGUCCCCAGCUAUAUCCCCUGAGCCCCCUAAGGAGGUGGAACCUUCUCCCACACCUCAGGAGGCCCCAGCUCAGCCUUCAGAGCCCGGUAAUGAGGCAGAAUCUUUUCCAACUCAGCAGGAAGCCCCAGUUGUAUCCCCUGAGCCCCCUAAGGAGGUAGAACCUUCCACACAGCAGGAGGCCCCACCUCAGCCUCCAGAGCCUCCUGAGAAGGUGGAACCAUCUCCAGUCCAGCAGGAAACCCUAUCUCUACCUCUCGAGCCACUUAAGGAGAUAGAACCUUCUCUAACACAACACGAGGCACAAGCUCAGCCUUCAGAGGCCCCUGAGAAGGUAGAACCAUAUCCAAUUCUGCAGCAGGCUCCAACUCAACCUCCGGAGCCCUCUAAGGAGGCAGAAACUCCUCCAGCCCAGCAGGAGGCCCCAGUUCAGCCUCCAGAGCCACCUGAGGAGGUUGUAGCACAACCUCCAGUCCAUAAUGAGGUGACAGUUCCACCUCUAGGACAAGAGCAAGCUCAGCAUCCAAACUUGCCCAAUGUUACUGUUCAGCCUGCUGACCUGGAGCUUACUGUAACUCCAGAACCUACUGUGGAGACUGAGCAUUCUACAAUCAUGCAGCAGACUAUAGCUCCUCCAGAGGACACUGAGGUGACACCUCCACAUCCAGAGCAGGUCCAGGCUCAGCAUCCAAAUUUGACUGAAGUCAGAGUUCAGCCUUUAGACCUGGAACUGACCAUAACUCCAGAACCCACUACAGAGGUUGAAACUUCAACCACGCAAGAGAUCCCAGGUCACCCUUCAGAGCCACCUAAGGAGGUUGUGGUUCAGCCUCCACUGUUUCAGGAGGUGACAGUUCCAACUCCAGGUCUGGAUCAAGCUCGUCAUCCAUUGUCACCUAAUGUAACAGUUCAGCCUUGGGACCUAGAGCUUACCAUAACUCCAGAACCCACUAUGGAGGUUAAAGCUUCUACAGCCCUGAAGAAAACUACAGCUCCUCCAAAGGACCUUGAGGUAACAUUUGCACAUCUAGAGCAGGUUCAGGUUCAGCAUUCAACCUUGAAUAAGGCCAAAAGUCCACAGACCCCAGAUCAGCCUCCAGAGCCGCCUAAGGAACUUGUAGCUCAACCUCCAGUAUAUCAAGAGGCAGCAGUUCCAACACCAGAUCGGGAUCAAGCUCAGCGUCUGUGGUUGCCGAAUGUAACAGUUCAGCCUUUGGACUUGGUGCUUGCUGUAACUACAGAACCCACUACGGAUGUUAAACAUCCCUCAGCCCUGCAGCAGACUACCGCUCCUCCAGAGGACCUUGAGGUGACAUUUCCACAUUCAGAGCACAUUCAGCAUCCAACCUUAACUAAAGUCACAGUUAAACCUUUGGACCCAGGGCUUCCCAUAACUCCAGAAUCCACUACAGAGACUGAACCUUCUCUAACCAUGCAAGAGACCCCAACCCAGCCUCCAGAGCCACCUAAGGAGGUUGUUCAGUAUCCAUCCCAACAGGAAGUGAUAGUUCCCACUCCAAGUAAGGAUCAAGGUCAGCAACCAACAUUGCCCAGUGUCACAGCUCAUCAUGUGGACUUGGGGCUUACCAUAACUCCAGAACCUACUACAGAGGCUGAACAUUCUACACCCAUGAAGGAGACUACAGCUCCUCCUCCAAAGGACCUUGAGGUGACACUAGCACAUCCAGAGCAGGUUCAGAGUCAGCAUCCAAACCUGACUGAAGUCACAGUUCCACCUAUGGACCUGGAACUUACUGUAACUGCAGGAUCCAGUGUGGAGACUGAACCUUCUCCAACCAUGCGAGACACCCCAACUCAGCCUCCAGAGCCACCUAAGGAGGUUGUAGUUCAAUAUCCAUUCCAGCAGGAAGUGACAGUUCCAACUCCAAGUAAGGAUCAAGGUCAGCAUCCAGCAUCACCCAUCAUCCCAUUUCGUCAUGUGGAGCUUACUAUAACUCCAGAACCUAUUACGGAGGCUGAACAUUCGACAACCCUGAAGAAGACUACAACUCCUCCCCCAAAGGACCUUGAGGUGACACUUGCACAUCCAGAACAGGUUCAGAGUCAACAUCGAAACCUGACUGAAGUCACGGUUCCACCUAUGGACCUAGAAAUUCCUGUAAGUCAGCAACCAGCGUCAUUUGAGACAGGUUUUCCUCCAACAACUCAACAUUCUCUGGUGCAUUUUGUAAACUAUACCUCCGAAAAGGCAUACACCACUUUAACUUGGCAACCAGAACAGAAUGCCACCACAAACCUCAAACUAUGUGAGCGUUGUACCUGCAAAGAUGAGACACUGUCGUGUGUUGGUCUCAGCCUACAGCAGAGGCUCCGCAGAGUGCCCGUGCCGGAGCCCGACACCUACAACGGCACCUUCACCAUCUUAAAUUUCCAAGGAAACUCUAUUUCUUACAUUGAUGAAAAUGUAUGGAAGGGAUACCGUUGGGCUGAGAAACUAAUUCUCAGUGAAAAUUAUCUGACCGAAUUACGUAAAGACACAUUUGAAGGCCUGCUAUCCCUCCAGUAUUUAGAUUUAUCCUGCAAUAAAAUACAAUAUAUUGAAAGACGUACAUUUGAAUCACUACCUUUUUUGCAGUAUAUAAAUCUUGGUUGCAAUUUACUCACCGAACUGAGCUUUGGAACAUUUCAGGCCUGGCAUGGAAUGCAGUUUUUACACAAGCUGUCCAGACUGGUGGCUUAUUUUAAAAAAUUCACUUCAUUGGUUCUAACAGUACGAGCUCCAUGAUUUUAGAAGCUGAAGGACUCUACGAUGUAGAAAGGCUGUACCUUCUCGGGAUAGAGCACCUUCACAUGCUGGCUCGUCUGUGGCGCAUCAGUAUUGUGCCAAGAACAUAAGCU